AACGGAAGAAAAUGCGACAAAAGGCUCGACACAUCCAGUUAAUAAUUCUCCGGCGCUGUCUUGUCAGUCUCUUACUCGGGUUCCUAUAGAAGAUAAGAUUCACUUUGCUGUGGAAAGACUUCACGAUGCUGCACUUGAGCAGGAGAUCGCAGUUGAAAAGCUUUUUUGUUCAGCAUUAGAUAUUGACGCUCCAAGUCCACAUUCUUCAUACAAGGCACUUAGGAUCAAUACCACCUUGACCAGAUUAGAUUUGAGUAACAAAAUGAUUAGUGAUCACGAUGUGCGUUCCCUCUCCGAGGAUCUUAAAGUCAACAAUACGUUGACUAAUCUGAAUGUGAGCGGCACCAAAAUUGGUGUUAUGGGUGCGGUUUAUCUCUCUAAAGCCCUUGACGUGAAUGGAACGUUGACUAAUCUGAAUGUGAGUUGGAGCAACAUUGGUGAUAGUGGUGUGCGUCAUCUUUCUGAAGCCCUAAAAGUGAAUGGAACGUUGACUAAUCUGAAUGUGAAUCGGAACAACAUUGGUGAUAGUGGUGUGCGUCAUCUCUCUGAAGCCCUAAAACUGAAUGGAACGUUGACUAAUCUGAAUGUGAGUCACAACAACAUUGGUGAUAGCGGUGCGGGUCAUCUCUCCGACGCCCUAAAAGUGAAUGGAACGUUGACGACUCUCGAUGUCAGUUGGACCAACAUUGGUGAUAGUGGUGUGGGUCAUCUCUCUGAAGCCCUAAAAGUGAAUGGAACGUUGUCUAACCUAAAUGUGAGUUGGAACGACAUUGGUGAUAAAGGUGCGGGUUAUCUCUCUGAAGCCCUAAAACUGAAUGGAACGUUGACUAAUCUGAAUUUGAGGCGGAACAAAAUUGGUGAUAGUGGUGCGGCUCAUCUCUCUGAAGCCCUAAAAGAGAAUGGAACGUUGACUAAUCUGAAUGUGAGUCACAACAACAUUGGUGAUAGUGGUGCGGCUCAUCUCUCUGAAGCCCUAAAAGUGAAUGGAACCUUGACGACUCUCGAUGUGAGUUGGAACAACAUUGGUGAUAGUGGUGCGUGUCAUCUCUCUGAAGCCCUAAAAGAGAAUGGAACGCUAACUAAUCUGCAUGUAAGUGACAACAACAUUGGUUAUAGAGGUGCAAAUCAGCUCUUUGAAGCCCUAAAUGUGAAUAGAACGUUGACUCAUCUAGACAAGAGCAAGGACAACAUUGGUGAUAGUGGUGCGUGUCAACUGAUUGGGCUUACUUUACAGCGCAACCUUGGCAGUUUCUCCGCGGAAAAAGUAAUCCCAAAAAGUGAAGAAAGAAGUACUUUGAAAAUUCCAGAGUGGAAAGAAAAGGGAAAUCCUGACAGAUUUGCUCGCAAGAUGAAAAUAGGUAUGUAAAAUUUACAGUAUGGUAAGUUUUUUAUUUAAUAUUAAAGUUUCAAUGUAAAAUUCCAAGCUUGUUUAAUUACCGAUUUCGUUAGACUAACCUAGGACAGGAAAGGAGAUUCAUUCACGGGGUAAAGCACGCCAUGAGGCAAGCGCGAUGAAUAGAAAGAGCUAAAUAAUGAUUUUUAUACCUAUUCGUACCUUUUUGGUACGCUUCGGCGGUAUAUCAGGUGAGUCUGGUCGAGCCUUGGUUCGUAUUUUGGCAAGACGAAGUCAUGAUCGUAGCGGUUCUGCUCAUGGGCGCGCACCCACGACGACGAAGUCGCGCAACAUGACGGCCAUUAUACUUCAGCUAAUAGGUCGACCGAGACAUGCAGCCUUGGUUUGCAGCAUACAUCUUUAAUAUUGGACAUCCAUGUUAUGAUCAACUGACAACCAUGGCGAGACCAAACGAGCCUGAUACGUCGCCGAAGCGUACCUAAAAGGCUAGAUUAGUAUUUACAGUACACAAAUUCGGCCAAGUGACCAAGAUAUCAAAACCAUAUCAGGUCAGGGAUUUUUUAUCGCAGGAUAUCAGGAUAGUAGACGCGGCUUCUGAUUGGCUAAUUGUGAAUUUGGGUACGGUAAAUUGUUCUGAUAAACCAAAUACUCUACGGUAAGUUCUUUGAAAUAUAUUGCCAUAUAGGACAUUUUAUUUUUUCCCAUAUGUUCUUGGAAGUGGUUUGUAUUAAGCUAGAGUUAAUGUCACUAGUUACAUAAAAUCAUUUCACUAAAAGAUUUAGCUUGGUAAGAUUGAGUGAAAUACUAACUUAAAAUCGUCCUUUUCUCCGGGAGUGGCCGCGAUGAAUAUUUCCACCUCCUGUACGAAAUGUUUCCAGUUUAGUGCGAUAUUACCCCCCAAGCUAAACGGUUCGGGUUUUCGGAGACCAUCUGUCAUAAUUGAAAUUGUUAGAUUGUCAGAGAGACCGGGCGAUGCGGAUUUUUUUCUUUACUUCUAACACCAUGUAGUUUUCAAGCGACGACCUCAGUCAACGAAUCCAUUUAUUCAACCACUGGGAUAAUGCUACACACACAUUUAAUAUAAAAUUGAUUUGCAUUUUACUCACAAACCCUAACCCCUAACCCACAUUCAACACGCAUACAUUCACACGCUCGUUCCACAGUUUAGCUUGGUAAGAUUAAGUGAGAUACAGUGUUGGCUCCACUAGCUUUACGUCGGAAUUAGCAAUCUUGAAAUGUUCGUCCUUCGCUACCGUCCUUCGUGCAAUAUCACGGCUAGAAGAUCAGUAAUUCUAACAAUAUCAUACUCGUGGCAUCAUGUCGUGAAUCAACAUGAUUCUUUAAGCAACAGAAUGCCAGCAAAGCAAAUAGCACUUUCUAAGGAGGCCUUGACCACCUACUGUCUUUCGUGGCCAUGGCAUUCACGUCUACUCGGAGUUUCUCCAGAUCAAAACGGCUGUUCAAUCCGCCAGGUGUCCACCGUAACUGAUCAACUUGACGGAGUCACGGCCAUAUCUCUAUUAGUAGGAAUGCUUAGUCUCAAUUCAACUUGGGAAGUGCUGAACAGGAAUAGGCAGCAAACCCAAGUCCACAAAUUAAACGAAAGACAACAAGAUAUAACAACAGAUCGUUAAAAAUUUCUAUGCAACAUAAAAAUGAUUUAAGGGUUACUAACGAUGUGCUCUUUCAAAACACCUUCAUGUUACAGUUUCUCUCAACACACUGGUACCGUCCAGUUGUUGGGGAAACCUGACGAAAAUGUCGUGUGGUACCAAUGAUGGACUGACGUAUGUUUACGAGAGGAGUAACAAACACUUUUACCUUCUUUGUGCUACGGAAACAUGACUAAACCGCCGGCGAAAACCGUGGCAAACGAAAACUAAUGAGUUUCCAUUGUGUUCCAAGCUUUAGACUUCUUCAUACUUUGGAAUGACGAACAAAUUUCUUUUUUUUUUAAAUAAUCUACAGAAAGAGGCUGGUCACAAAUUGGGAUGACGGGCUUCCAGGCAAUGCGCCCUCCUGAAAGCCUAACAGGUAAAGGCCUAG